UCGAGGCGUAGACGUAGCGCGCAAGCAAAUCGCCAGAAGGGGGAAAAUUGUGAGGGCGUUUUUCAAAAUCAGACAAACAAAACUGAGUUUGAGAUCAGGAUUUGAUGGGCAUGGAAGAAAGAGGGCAUGAAAAGGGAACAAAGGUGGGAGCUUUGAUAGAGAAGGCAACCAACUCCACCGCACCGGAGGUUAAUCCCCGCCUCCUCAAGGCCAUCAAGACGGUGGUCCGCUAUUCCGAUUCGGAGCUUCAAUUCGCUACCCAAACCCUAAUGGAUCUCAUGAAGCGUGACCACUCUCAGAUAUGAGUUGCAGGUUAGGUACCUUGCUCUUCUAAUAAUUGAUGAGCUCUUCAUGCGUUCCAAGCUUUUUAGGACUCUUCUUGUCGAGAACUUGGAUCAGUUACUGAGUUUGAGUGUUGGGUUCAGGCGGAAUUUGCCACUUCCUGCUCCUCCAGCUGUUGCAUCUGUUUUGCGUUCAAAGGCCAUUGAAUUCUUGGAAAAGUGGAAUGUGUCGUUUGGGGUUUAUUACAGACAGCUGAGAUUAGGUUAUGAUUACCUGAAGAAUACCCUCAGGCUUCAAUUUCCUAACAUACAAGCCAAUUUGGAGCGGAUUCAACAAGAGAGAAGGGAAAGGGAGAGGAGGUCAAAAGACAUUUUAUUGAGCAAGUAUGAAUCUUUGAAAGAAAAUUCAUCUUCAAUAAAGGGAGGAAUACUGUCUACGAUGGAUGAAAUUGAUGAGUGUUUGGACAUUUUGCAUUCAAAACAGGAGUCUGUGUCAGAUGAUAUCUUAGAUAAUGAAGAACAUGAUGAGUUUCGUUCCUUGGAGCUGCAGCAGAUUCGUCUUGAAUCUUUGAAAGAAGGGGAGAAAGUUUAUGAGAACAGUGACAACGAGGUAGUUUUUGAUGCAUUGAGGGAGCUGUACAAACUUCUGGUGACAAAGCAUUUCGUUUCCAUCCAAGAGUGGAUUUCUGUUCUAGUAAGAGUUGAUCUAGCUGACACUAGAUUCAGAGAUUCUGCUUUGAAAGAGUUCAUUGAUAUCCAAAAUCGUCUGAAAUCUGUUAAAAGUAAAUGUGAAGAGGCUGGUUGUUCUCUUCUAAACAAAUCAAAACUUGAUGAGGAAGAAGAUUUUUGGGAAGAGGGAACUGCUGUAUCUAUGGAAAUUCCAUCUAGUGUACUCAAUAAUAAACACAAACAUCUUGAUGUGGCAUCAACUUCCUGUAAAAUGAAUAAUGAUAAUCUUGGUUCAUGUAAUAAAGAAUCUAAUGGCUCUGAUACUGACAGCAUGCUUCAUCAAGGAAAUGAAGUUGAGUCAAAUUCUCUGAGGGGUAAACUAAUAGCUGAAGCUCCUGUGGUGAGAUGGGGUUCUCACUUGGAUGAUUGGGGUUCAAAGAGGAUUUUUAUGGCUAACCAGCGGGGCUUGGAGCUUGAAAGUCACUGGGGAAGGGUGGAGGAUGAUUUGGUUAUUCCUGCAGAUAAAAUUGCUGAAUUGAGUGUUCCAGCUAUGCCUUAUGAAGAAAAGAAAAUUGAGGUCCGACCAUGCAUGGCUCCUUUGAGGAAAGGGGGAUUUUGCCAGAGAAGAGAUCUGAAACUUUGCCCAUUUCAUGGACCUAUCAUUCCUCGGGAUGAUGAAGGGAGGCCACUCAAUCAGAGCUCUUCAGAAGACAUGAAUAUGGAUUUAAGGACUGAUUUAGUAGAGCAGUUAGCAAAACAAGCGGUCAAAAAUGUUCGUGAAAGAGAUCAAGAGAUGGCAAAGAGGAGAGAAAUUGAUAAACAGUCAUUGAAACGUGCAAAACUUGCUAAAAUUCGGGAACACAAUGAAGCAGUUUUACGGGAUGCUGCUAUCGCCUCAACUUCAAGAUCAGCCACACUUGGAGAAGAUGGGGAGGUAACUAAUGAAGAUAAACUGUCUGCCAGAGACAAGAAACGAGGUCUUGCAUCCAUGCUGCGAAAGAAAGUAACACCAAAAGAUAGAAUAGCUCAAAAACUUUUAAGUUCACAGGCAAGGGUUACUGCAGGUAUUCAGCAUAUGUCAUGUCAGGAUGCCAAAUACAGAGAAGCCUUCCCAAAUCAAUGGUAAACUGAUAUAAUUUUUUGUUGAGCUCGUCUGAUUACUCGAAAGUCUGAACCAAACAUUCCAGAAUUUUGGGUUAAACCUUGUCUGUCAGACAUGAGGCUGAUUAGUUAAAUUGAGGGGGAAAAUAACUAUUCAAUACUCAUCUAUUCAUUUAUUUUUCCGAAUAGUUAUUUCUUUGUAGGCACUAUGUAGACUCAUAAGGAGCAGCUGGGCCGUAAAGUAUGAUGGGAAGUAGCUGUCCAGUUUGUGUUUUUUACUUUACUAUUUAUUUGCCACAUCUUUUUGUAAGAUCAUUCAGCAUAUGGAAUUUGGAUAUUGUCAUGAUAUUAACUUACAAGAUGCAGUAAUGUUGGAGAGCCAAAGUAAAGAAUAACUAUCAAUCUUCCUACUUU